AGACAUCCACGGUCCACCACUCUCUUUUUUCAACCAACGGUGGUAAACGAAGAUCAUCAGAAGCACUAACGAUUCUAGAGAGGCCGCCCCCUUCCUCACGGAGGGCUCGAGCUCUCUCUCAUGGCGCUCUCUUCCUCUUCAUCUUCAGCGAGGCUUCUGCUCCGACGGCUGUUGAUGAAAAGGUCGCGCCUUUCUUCUUAUCCUCAAAUCUCUACGCUUCUCGAAGCUCCUAGUAUCGGAGGCCAAGAUGGUAGCGUUUGCUCCUUCUCUUUGGUCGUCGUCGUUCUCGAAGUUCUUCUCCUCCUCUGGAACCUCGCCGGUCGUUGAUGCCCAAGGCCCCGCCGCUAUAGAUUAUCAGUCUAUUCUAGAAGAGAAUGAGUUCCAUCAGUUGGCAGAUGAUACAAUACAUGAUUUGCAAGAAAAAUUUGAGGAAUACGGUGAUUCUGUCCAGAUUGAUGGGUUUGACAUAGAUUAUGGGAACCAAGUUUUGACAGUGAAGUUUGGAAGCCUGGGAACAUAUGUUGUAAACAAGCAAACACCAAACAGACAAAUCUGGUUAUCUUCACCAGUGAGUGGUCCUUCAAGGUUUGAUUGGGAUGCAAAAACUAAUUCUUGGGUGUACAGAAGAACAAAAGCAAACUUAAUUAAAGUUCUGGAGAAUGAAGUGGAAGAGCUAUGCGGGAAGCCAAUCUGUCUUUCUUAACUAUGUAGAUUCUGAAGACUGAUAAACAUGUAACCCCGACUGGCGAACAAAUUAUAUCUCUUUUUAAAUAAUUGUGUCUUGAGGACAAUCUCCCAUUGUCUUGGCUAUUCAAAUAA